UACUAAUCUACACUACACUACGUCUAAUGUACACUACGACUAAAAAAAAGAGUUAACGGCCUGCAGCCAGCUGUUUGUUUUGUGUUUUUUCGAGCUCAGUGUAUCAGAGCAGUUAAUAUUUACAGAUAUUGUAAUGAGAUUGACGAUUGUGAGUCCGUGAGCUUUGAGUCUCUGGAAGGUUGUAUUCCUGGUGUAAUCACGAGGAGAUUUGUUUGCCUUGCCACAUCUUGUCUACAUCUGGAUUUCUAUCCAACCACUUAGACAGUGUCAGACGAAGUCUGGCAUGGGGAGACCAGCCUGCCUGGUGAAACCAGUGUGUUUGUCUAAAAUACCUGGUCGCUAUCUGGCUCAUCAGGAGUCGCUCCCAAAACUUCCAGUGCCUCCAUUGAAACAGACAUGCGACCGCUAUCUGGCCGCUCUGGAGCCUAUAGUGACUCCUGAGGAGCUGCAACACACACAUAGGCUCGUGGAGGAGUUCCAGCUGCCUGGUGGACUGGGAGACAGACUUCAGAGCAGCUUGGAGAGGAGGGCAAAAAAGCUGGAAAACUGGCUCUCAGACUGGUGGUUACAGACAGCAUACCUGGACUACCGGAUGCCUGUGGUUGUCCACUCGAGUCCUGGAGUUGUUCUUCCUCGCUUAAAGUUUAGUGACUGGCAAGGUCAAAUAAGAUAUGCAGCUAAGUUGAUUGCAGGAGUUUUGGAUUUCAAGACCAUGAUUGACAAUGAAACACUACCGGUGGAGUAUCUUGGUGGGAAUCCGUUGUGUAUGAAUCAGUAUUAUCAGGUUCUGUCUUCCUGCCGUAUACCCGGAAUCAAAAAGGACUCAGUGGUGAAUCACGCUCUGAGCAAUAGGCCUCCUACUCACAUCACCGUGGUGCACAAUUUCCAGUUCUUUGUGCUGGAUGUGUACAACAGGGAUGGCACACCACUGACAGUAGAUCAACUCUAUAUUCAGCUGGAGAAAAUCUGUACCUCUUCUCUGGAGACCAAAAAUGAACCAAUCGGCAUCCUCACCUCCAAUCAUCGUGAUUGCUGGGGCAAAGCCUACGCCAACCUCAUUAAAGACAGAACAAAUAAUGAAUCAGUAAAGGCGAUUCAGAAGAGCAUUUUUACCGUGUGUCUUGAUGCUCCAAUGCCCAAAGUCUCAGACGAGAUGUACCACACUCGAGCAGCGGUGCAGAUGCUGCAUGGAGGAGGCAGCAGGUGGAACAGUGGAAAUCGCUGGUUUGAUAAAACCCUUCAGUUUAUUAUUGGUGAAGAUGGGACAUGUGGUAUGAUCUAUGAACAUGCCCCUGCAGAAGGUCCUCCAAUCGUGGCACUGAUUGAUCAUGUUGUGGAGUACACAAAAAAGUCAGAGAUGAUUUGUACCCCCACGGUUCCUUUGCCCAUGCCCCGGAAACUGCACUUUAACAUUACACCAGAGAUUAAAAGGGACAUCGAGGAGGCCAAGCAGAACAUAAAUAUAAUGGUUAAUGACUUGGAUGUGAGGGUCAUUGUGUUCACCAAUUUUGGUAAAAACGUUCCCAAGUCUUAUAAGAUGAGUCCGGAUGCAUUUAUUCAGGUGGCUCUGCAGCUGGCUUAUUACAGGCUCUAUAAGCGCUGCUCUGCCACAUAUGAGAGUGCCUCUCUGCGCAUGUUCAGACUGGGCAGAACAGACACCAUUCGCUCAGCAUCCAUUGCUGCUGCCAACUUUGUCCGAGCUAUGGACGACCCUGUUCAACAGAACCCAGAGAAGGUGAGACUGUUGGACAAGGCAGUGAAGGCACACCGAGCGUACACAGACAUGGCGAUCCGUGGGCAGGCCAUCGACAGACAUUUGCUUGGCCUGAGGCUUCAGGCUGUAGAAGACAUGUCAGCCCUGCCUAAAAUCUUCACGGACAAGUCUUAUGCCAUCGCAAAUCACUACAACCUUUCCACCAGCCAGGUCCCAGCUAAGACCGACUGCGUGAUGUGUUUCGGACCAGUAGUGCCUGAUGGCUAUGGUGUCUGCUACAACCCCAUGGAGAAACAUAUUAACUUUGCAGUCUCUGCUUUCAACAGCUGUGCAGACACCAAUGCCACACAACUGGCCCAUGGUCUGCACGACGCUCUGGUGGACAUGAGGAGCUUGCUGGAUCAGACACUUAAAUCCAAGCUGUAAGUAAAGUGACGCAUACUCCUGCCUGCUGUGGCCAUUAUGCUUUAGUACUCUGAUGAACACUUGUUCAAGAUCAAUAUUAAAUACUUUAAUGGAGUGUGUGUCACUUUGCACAGAUCUUUUGCUUGGAAUAAGACUUUUAUAUGGUUUCACAGAGCUGGAGAUGCAGUAGAGCUUAUGUCUGUUUAAAAAGGCUGCAUUUCAUCUUAAAUCUUUGAAAAGGAGAAUAAAAAAUAUCCAUUGACUUUUUAUGUGAUCAGGUGUCACUUUGUCCCCUCUGUGUGUAGGAAAGAGAGAUAAUGAUAUUGUGAUUAUACAAUUUAAUUUAGUAAAAGAGAUAAUCAAUAUGUACUUUAAUACUAAUUUCUCAGUUAUAUUCAGUAAAUUUUUUUAUAGAACUGUACUGUAAAUUAUGUGACAUUCUUGUUAUAGUGAAUAAAUUACAGCAUUUACAGACUGUAACAGCUACAGCACUGCAUGAUCACUUCUUUUAUUUUAACAUUUUUUUUAGUUGUAUGAUUGUGCCUUAUAACUACUACGAAUGUAGAAAUUAUCAUUUUUUUCUCCAAAAUAAAAAACCAUUCUGAUAUGUAUAUUAUAUAAUGUCCAUUUAUAUGUUAACUAUAAAAGAGGAGAGUUCUUAAAGUCAGGGUCUGUUAAUAUGCUCUAACUCGAACAGGAUUGGGUUAAAAAAAGAUAUAACUCUCCUGCCUGUUUAUUUUUUUUUAAUAAUUCAUUGCUUUUUUUUAAUAACUUAUUUUGACUUUGUUUUUCAUAUGCCACUUAACAUUUUGCUGAUUGUUUUACAUACUAUACUGUGUAUGUGCCUUUCCAUAUCCUGACAUGAUCAUUCUGGCAUGCUGUCAAUGUUUACUAACAAUGCAACUACCUUCGGUUUGCUGUGGUUGCAGUAUUCAGUCGAGAAAAAAAAAAAAAGAAUUAAUAAAGUUUUGUGGCAAAAAUGGCA